CUCUCUCCCAAAUUCUCUUCCUAGCUCUCUACAUUCACAUAAUUUAAACAAGAAGAAGAAGAAGAAGGAGACAAAGAAAGGAAGAAGAACAAUAUAUCUCGCUGUAACUCACUAACACAUUCAUAGAUCAAGAGAAAAUGGCCCAUUUCAUGAAGCUACUCGUGACAAUUGCAUUAACAACCGUGGUCACAAUCGCCAUCGUCACCACCAAAACCACCACCAAGACCGCAACAUUUGCUCUCGAAGACCCUUUCAAGGACCUUACACCACCAGGAACGAUCAAGAUCAGACCAAGUCGGUUCUUGGCAGAAAAAGUCGACAAGGGUAAAGAACCAAAAGCCCGUAACCCAAACGCAGCUGACCAUUGCAACAAGGACAAUGAAAUCUGUAGCAGCAGCGAUUACAGCACAGGAGCAAACGCUACAAUGGCUUGUUGCAACAACAAGUGUAUGGAUUUAUCAACCGACGACAAAAACUGCGGUUUAUGUAAGAACAAAUGCAAGUUCGGGCAAACGUGUUGUCGUGGUCAGUGCGUUUACGUGGCCUACGAUAAACGCCAUUGCGGUGAGUGUAACCAUCGUUGCGAUCUCGGCGAGUUCUGCGUCUACGGUCUCUGUAACUACGCGUGAUGAAUCAAUCAUUCAUUCACGCCAACGUAAAAAAAAAAAAAAAAAAAAAAUUUAACUAAAAUUAUACGGAUGAUUUAUUUACAUGGACGCUGAUUAAAAAAGGUCGGUCCAAUUAAUUAUUUACUUAAUAAUUAAUUAAAGUGUUGUGUGUAUUUUUGGAUUCCCAUAAUGUUUUGAGGGGUAUAUAAAGGAGAUUAUUUUUUCUAUUUUCAAUGUCUACGAAUAAAAUGGAACAUCCUCGUUCCAAUAUAUACUGCUGUUUUAUUACUAAGGUUUAUAAUUGGAGUGUAUAAAAACACUCCAAAAUAAUAUCA